GCAGCGGGGGCGGCGGAGCUCCGGGCCUGCCGGGCUGUCGGAGCCCCGCGCCCCGGGCGGGGCUGGGCCGGAAGAGCCGACCCUGAGGGAAGCCUCCGGGAGUAGCGAGCGAUCCUUAAAUCCUAGUCCGUCGUGUUUGGGGGUUGCUGCCUUGCAGCCUCCCGUGCUAGCGGUAAUAAAUCGUGAGACCCUCGCUGUGUGCAGCGGAACAGGUUGUUUGCGGCAGGGAGGGGUUGGGUUCGUGUCCGGGUCGCUCCCCUUUUUCAGCCCGGGUUCCCCUUUAGCGCAUUCCUGGUGUUCCUGGAGCAGCCUUCGUGCGGGGGUGCGGCACGGCGAGCUCGCUUGGGCAGGCUCCUGGGGAAGCGUUAUCAGCCGGGUGCAAACAGCUCUGCUCGCUUUGUUUGGUUUGGUUGUAGUGGGGUUUUUUCUUUGUUGUUUCUUUUUUUUAACUGCCGUUCUGGCUGCACCUUACUCGGCAAUAAAAACAAUGUUAAGCACGUGCUUUGCUCCUCCUCCUCGUCCUCCUGCUCGGUGACUGAACUGUGUGAUUAGGACAUGACUACUGCAAACAAGAUAGCGUGGGUUGCGCCCAGGUGCGGAGUUCAGAAACAAGUCCUUAUAACAGGUGGAGAAAUUACUUUUAAAAUCUUAAGGAGUCAGGCACCCCGGCUUUCACCCAUCUCUCUGCCCCGAUAGAUUGCAGAUGGUUCUGAGUCACUGUUCAGUUUUUUUUGCUUUUCUUCACUGGUGAAGUGGCUCAGCAACAGAACUCUGUCUCUGGCAGAAAGCUUGUUCCAGCACAGGAAUUGUGUUCUGCAUAGUCCCAGAGACAGGAACUGAAUCAUGGAAAACAGUUCUUAGGAAGCAAGUAGAGAUUUUUGCCCAGUACUGUUUUCAUCCUCUAUUUGCCUCCAAGUGUGCUGGGAGUAAAAACAGAAGAUGAAAAAGUCAAGACAAAUUUUCUUCAUCAGUCUUUCAUGACCAUAUGUUCAGAAUGAAACGAGGAAGAAGAACUAAUGAGGCCAACAGCAGUUCAUCUGAAGACACCGCUGGGAAGGAAUCCAAGAGACAAAAGGUUGUAGCGAAGAAAACCACAGUUGUGCAGAGUCCGGACUGGGCAAACCUGCUCCAAGACAUUAUCCUGCAGGUGUUCCAGUACUUGCCACUUCUGGAUCGUGCUCAUGCAUCCCAGGUCUGCAGGAGCUGGAACCAAGUGUUUCAUAUGCCUGAUCUCUGGAGGUGCUUUGAGUUUGAACUGAAUCAACCAGCCACAUCGAACCUGAGGACAACACACCCUGAACUAAUCAAGCAAAUAAUAAAGAGGCAUUCCAAUCACCUGCAGUAUGUCAGCUUCAAGGUGGACAGUAGCAAGGAAUCUGCAGAAGCAGCUUGUGAUAUUUUAUCACAGCUUGUGAAUUGCUCUCUGAAAACACUUGGGCUAAUUUCAACUGCCCGGCCAAGCUUCAUGGAUUUACCAAAGUCUCACUUUAUUUCUGCGCUGACAGUGGUGUUUGUGAACUCCAAAUCCCUCUCUUCACUUAAGAUUGAUGACACACCAGUAGAUGAUCCAUCUCUCAAGGUUCUGGUGGCUAACAACAGCGACACGCUCAAACUGUUGAAAAUGAGCAGCUGUCCUCAUGUUUCUCCAGCUGGUAUCCUUUGUGUGGCUGACCAGUGCCAUGGCUUGCGUGAGCUGGCGCUGAACUACCACCUGCUGAGCGACGAGCUGCUGCUGGCUUUGUCUUCUGAGAAACACGUCAGGUUGGAACACUUGCGCAUCGACGUGGUCAGCGAAAACCCUGGGCAGACUCAGUUCCACACCAUCCAGAAGAGCAGCUGGGACGCUUUCAUCAAGCACUCUCCUAAAGUGAAUUUAGUCAUGUACUUUUUCCUGUACGAGGAGGAGUUUGACCCGUUCUUUCGCUACGAGACACCCGUCACUCACCUGUACUUCGGCAGGUCGGUCAGCAAGGACGUGCUGGGCCGCGUUGGGAUGACGUGCCCGCGGCUGGUGGAACUGGUGGUGUGUGCCAAUGGAUUGCGGCCGCUGGACGAGGAGCUCAUCUGCAUCGCCGAGCGGUGCAAGUACCUGUCGGCCGUGGGCCUCGGAGAAUGUGAAGUCUCUUGCAGUGCCUUCGUGGAGUUCGUGAAGAUGUGUGGCGGUCGCCUCUCUCAGCUCUCCAUUAUGGAGGAAGUUUUGAUUCCUGAUCAGAAAUACAGCUUAGAGCAGAUUCACUGGGAAGUCUCAAAGCAUCUUGGUAGAGUCUGGUUCCCAGACAUGAUGCCCACUUGGUAAAGUCCUUAAAAGACUCCAGGGCGAAUGGAGUAGCACCUUAAACCCAAGCUUACUGUAUUGCAAUUUCCUGUAUAAGCUUAUUUAGUAAUAUAGAUUUUACUGCAAGUUAAUGGUUUGAUUAGAAAAUUAGUUUUUCGUUCAAAAAUUGUUUUGGAGCUUAAGAAGCAAAAGUAGAGUGCACAGCUCCAAAAAUUCUUUUCAUCCAAACAAAAUUCAGAUUUCUGUUUUAGAUCUAUUCUUUGUCAUUAAAAAAGUGACCUCAAA